CGCUCCCAGCUCACCAGCAACGCAGCAUAUCCAUUCAUAGCCUUUGCCGAUCAUAUAGCGCCCCCAAGGCAGCACGUUACAGGAUUGACCUAGAAAAAGCAUCAAAUUACAUACAUUUCGCAUUGCGUUGUCGCCUCCAAUACCGUCGCCAUGCCGUCGCUGCUGCUUCAACCACAUGCCAGCCUCUCCCACGCCGAAGCCCUACAAGUCGCUCAACAAGCUCCAGAGUUCUUACGAAAGAAUCCAGCCUCCUACUCUGCAUCGCCACUGCUGUCAUUAUUUUCCCCACCCGAGGACUCAAAGAUAUGGACAAUAUACGAGAAUCUUCUGCUGGCCUGUUUGCGCACUGGUGAUAACACUACUGCCCACCAAUGCCUUGAACGAUUGGUGGUUCGAUUCGGCGCGAGCGACGAGCGCAUUGCAGCUCUCGAGGGCUUAGUCAAAGAAGCCGAGGCAACAAAUCACAGCGAACUUGAGAAGGUGUUGAAAGAAUACGAGGCGAUCCUGGCGGAAGACAACACCAACGCACCAAUCGCAAAAAGAAGGAUUGCACUCUUACGUACGAUGGGGAAAAUUGCCGAAUCAAUUGAAGCUUUAGUACAAUUUCUAGAUUUCGCAUCCAACGACGCCGAGGCUUGGAUAGAGCUGGCAGAUUUAUAUCUGUCCCAAGGGCUUUACGGUCAAGCCAUCUAUGCCCAAGAAGAGGCACUUGUAAUUGCACCCAAUGCGUGGAAUCUUCAUGCCCGUCUUGGCGAAAUACUCUUGAUGGCUGCUGAGUCUGGCAGUGAAGGAAACUCUCAAAGCUAUCUUGCCGAGAGCUUAAAGCGCUUUUGCAGAAGCGUUGAACUGUCUGACGACUAUUUACGAGGCUACUAUGGGCUGAAACGAGUCACUGAUAAGCUCCUUAAUAGAGAUUCCAAAGCGAAGAAAUCCUCAGAGUCAGAUGAAGUCACUCUACCAGAGACAUCGACAAUUGAGAAGCUCAACUUGGCCGCAACGAAAAAACUGGGCGACAUUGUGCGAAACUACGACGCCAAGGCUCCUCAGUGGCAAGGAUACGACGCCGGGGAGGUUGCGGCCGCCCGUGCCUAUCUUUCAGACUCUUCACAAAAGGUUGUGCGAUGAAAUUCCUAAAACUGAGGUUGAGCCAAGAUAACAAAGGCUUCCGAGCAACGGCGAGUCUGUGCCUUGCAUCGCUUUUAUGCAUAAGCUCCAAGGUUUCAAAUAUCCAGAGACCUUUGUUUAUGUUAUGUCUUUCAUUCUUUGAGAAAUCACAUACUUGGUCAGCGGAACGACAGUGCUUCCGAGACGAGGCGGGUGGGCGUUCCAAUCGCUUCAUGGGCGCCAUGCAUGCAAGCAGGGGGGCUGGGAAGAGGAUACCCGACACGUGGAGUGGCUAUCGUGGAGCCAUUGAGGGCUGUUAAAACAAUGGGCAUAAUGAACAUAAAGGGCAAGUAGUUUUGUGGCAAAAACAAUUAAUAUGUGAGACCA